AUGGAUAUCAUGGAUCACCCGAGUCAAACAAUGCAUGCGCCCUCGCUCUCCUCAGCAUCGACCGUAUCCUUGCUUGGUCUCGACCUCAGUAGACUCCCACCCAUUGCAAUACUGACAGCACAUCUGAAAGACGACGAGGCCAGGACACUCAAAGAUGCUUUACGCCAACACGACGCGCCACUCACCACUGAUGCUUCACGCGCCAAAGUCUUCAUUGGUAAAGUUGGUACCAAGAGAAGGGCUGAAUUUGAAUUGAGAUGGCGAAAACUUGUAGUGGAAGAGGCUGCUGUUCCCAAGCGUCCUGCCAGUCCAGUGAAGGCGUCUGUCCAUUCUCGGAAGCGUCAACGAGUAUCAUGCAAUAUAUCCGCUCCUGCCGAUGAAGGAGGCUCUACUACAGAAGAUGAAAAUGCUGGUGAAUCAGAAACCGGAGAUGAAGAACCAGUAACGAGACACGUCACUUCGCCGUCUUCGCCUUCCAGGUCUGACAGUGGGCCACAUGCGACCUCAAUAUUCGACAAUUCGUCCAUUGAUGAUUUUGUCUGGGUUGUAAAGUUAGACUGGUUACAAGCCUGUGUCACAGCAGGUCAUCUGGUACCCUUGGGUGAGCACCUAGUCUACAAGGGCAAGGUUUUGGAACGUCCAAAAUCACUCAAUCCUAAAUCCUUAAAGAGCAUCUUUACUGCGGCAGCUUCGGUGACCUCCGCUUCACAGACCACUCUGGCCAGCCGACCAGAUGCUGUGCAAGAGAUUUUAAGCCGCGCCCAAGCGGAUGCACAAGAGAUAGCAACGAAAUCAGCACAUCAGCCCCAGCGCGCUGGAUAUCACGGGUCUCGCCGUUCUGAAGGCAAAAGUUUCACAUCCUCUGCGAACCAUUCUUAUGCGGCCCAGACCGCUACACUGCUGCAGAAGACUACUAGUGAAUAUGAAGGUGUGGACAGUGACUUUCCACAACCACCAGAGUGGGUAAGGAAGGGUGUGAAGUAUGCAUGUCAACGCUUCACACCUGCGAAUGGCCCCAACGAAGACUUCCUCGAGGAACUAAAGAAGAUUCGCACAGCUCGUAUUCUCAUCGAUGAUGAGAUUGGAGUUCGCGCAUAUUCCACAAUCAUAGCAUCUAUCGCAGCCUAUCCGUAUAAACUUCGCCACCCGCGCGAAGUUGCCCAACUACCCGGUUGUGAUGAGAAAACCGCAGUUUUGUUUGUUGAAUGGAAGAACACGGGCAAGAUCCAAGCGGUGCAAGAUUACGAGGAUGAUGAAGCGAUGAAGGUACUGCGCUUGUUCUACAACAUCUGGGGCGUUGGAGCAAAAACGGCCCGACACUUUUACUACAAUAACCACUGGACUGAACUAGACGACAUCAUCGAAUAUGGCUGGGACGAUCUAGACAGAGUACAACAAAUCGGCGUGAAAUACUGCGAUGAGUUUCUCGUCCCGAUCCCGCGGCCAGAAGUCGAACAGAUAGCCUCUGUCGUCAAAGAGCACGUAGUACGACUGCGCGACGACCGAGCCACCGUCACAAUCGUCGGUGGCUAUCGCCGUGGCAAAUCGGAAUCCGGCGAUGUAGACAUGAUUGUCUCACACCCGGAGCUCGACCAAACCGCCGGCUUGAUCCGCGAGAUUGUGGAUUCUCUCGAGGACACAGGCUGGAUCACACAUACACUUACCAUGAGCCUGACCAACACGAAUCGAGGACAACAAGCCCUGCCCUUUCGCUCGUCCAAGCGUGCUGGUGUCGGCUUCGACACGCUCGACAAGGCGCUUGUGGUAUGGCAGGAUCCGUCCUGGCCGACGCGUGAGGAGGAUCUAGCUCGGGAUCCAAACGCGAAGAACCCUGCUAUUCAUCGCAGAGUCGAUAUUAUUAUUGCUCCGUGGCGGACGGUGGGGUGUGCGGUUAUGGGGUGGAGUGGUGGUACCACGUUCCAGCGAGACCUGAGAAGGUACGCCAAGGCUAUCAAAAGCUGGAAGUUUGAUAGCAGUGGUGUGCGUAGUAGGAGCACUGGGGAAGCUGUGUGGUUGGAGGGUGAGAAUGGGAUUGAGGGUACACCUGCGGAUGCAGAAAAGAUGGUUUUUCAAGGGUUGGGCUUGGAGUUUAUUCCACCUGAGUAUCGUGUCACAUAUUGA